AUGGCAGUGGACGAAAACAUUGCAGUGGAUGGAAUCAUUCCUCCCCACCGCCAACCAAUAGCUCCAAGGGGUGUGAGGUUCACAAUCACCAGCAUGAUGAUUCAAUUGCUAAAUCUUAAAGGUAUGUUCAGGGGUGCAGCUGGCGAUGAUACGAACCAACAUUUGACGAACUUUGUGGCGAUUUGCAAAUCGCAAGAGAUUCCUGGAAUGAAAGACGAUAUCAGUGCCCAUAAGAAGCUACCAGGAGAAGCAAUGCAUGACACUUGGUGGAGAUUCAGCCAAAAGAUAAAAAAGUGCCCAAACCAUGGUCUCACUAAGAGGCAUUUAAAACAAGCUUUAUAUAGAUCUUUGAACUAUGUCACUAAACCUGUUGUUGAUGCAGUGUGUGGGGGAUCAUUUAUGAAGAAACCAUUUUCAGAGAGCAUGCAACUGAUGGACAAAGUGUUAAAGAAUAACAGGGCAUUGUACAUCAGGGAUGCAGAAGUAGGAGAUCUGGGGAAUGAUCGCAGUGGUGUAUAUGUGCCCUCAAGUAAUAGAGAUCGGGCAAGUGGUAGUUCCAGCGGGUCUAAGCUGGAAGACAUGUUGGCCAAGGUGCUACAAAAGGUGAAAUCAACUGAUGAACGGGUGAAGGAGAUGAAAAGUGAUUUCUCCAGUAUGAGUAAGCUAGUAGACUCUCACACCACCUCCAUCAAGCAGAUUGAGCAACAAUUGGGGCAACAGAGGAAGAAUAGGUCACUACCAAGUGACACGAUCCAAAAUCCCAAAAAAGACAGGCAUUGCAUGGCUAUCGCCACUAGGAGUGGUAAGAUCCUUACUGACCCUAUUUCUGUAGGUACUAAACAUGAGCAUGUGUUGGAGCAAGAUGGAAGAAAAGAGGAUGAAGCUGAGCAAGUAGAUGACUUGGAGGAUGCGCAACCAAUAGCUAAACCAGCAGGAGCUAAAGAAAAAGAGGUUGAGAGAACUUUGCCGUUACAGCAAAUCCCAAGACCACCUCAUCCUUUCCCUCAAAGGCUUAAAAAGAAAGUCGAGGAUAGGAAAUUUGCUAAAUUCAUCAGUAUGCUGAGACAGCUGUCCGUGAACAUACCAUUGGUGGAAGCCCUUGAGCAGAUGCCAAGAUAUGCCAAGUUCAUGAAGGACUUGGUCACAAAGAAAAGAGCUGUAAGUAUCGAUCUAACUGACAAUGUUCAUCACUGUAGCGUUAUCGCUACCAGGUCAAUGGUACAGAAGAAGGAGGAUCCGGGUGCAUUUACCAUACCGUGCACUAUCGAAUCUAUUGAAUUUGCAAAGGACUUGUGUGAUCUAGGGGACAGUAUCAACGAUGCCGCUAGCCAUCUAUAA